AUGGCUAACGUUUUGGUUCUCCUAUCCGAUCUCCAGUCCGGUCGCUCUUCCUCCGCCGUCGAAGUCCGCUUGCUCCGCUUCUGGGAGGCCAGAAACGUCCGCCGUAGUGGAGAACUCAUGGGCGUCGACAUGCUCUUACUCGACUCGCAGUCAACCAUGAUACCGGCUACAGUUAAUGUUAACCGUCUCGCAACACACCUGACUAAUCUUGAAGAGGGUUCAGUCUACUCUCUUACCGGUUUUGAAGUCACACGUUGUAACCAGAAUUAUCGCCUGUCAGACUCUUCUCUACUAAUCCGGUUUACCGACUCCACCUCUUUCAAGAAGGUCACCGAACCAGCCGUUCCAAUACCUCUUGAAUCAUUCCGGUUCCGUAACUACAGUGAAAUGCUUGGUCUUGCUAAUUCCAACAAUCAAUUACCGGAUCUUAUUGGCGAGAUUACUGCUGUCAAGAGUACGGUAACUGACCCUCCUCAGGACAAGAAUCGUGUCAUGGCGACCAUUAAGAUGGACAAUGACACGUCUGUGACUAUGAGCCUCUUUGACGCUCAGGCUGUUAAGAUUCAUGAUCAGCUAGAACAGAUAGGAGUGGAUCCAAGGGUUGUUGUUGCAACCAGUGUGAACCCGAAGAUUGUGGGAGGGCGUCUGUUUUUGAACGCCAUAUCCGGCACACACAUCUAUUUCGACAAGCAAACAGAUGCAGGGGAACGAUUGUUUUACAGGUUGGUUGAGCGAGACACUGGACUCCCGCCAGUAGCUCCGCUGCUAAAGAGUUAUGCUAAGAUGGAGAAGCUGAGUAUAUCUGAGCUCAAUGAUUUUGUCGUCACUGCUACGUCUCAGGAAAUUGAUUUCAUUUGCGCCGGAAAGGUGACUGGAGUGAAAUUGGACAAGGGGUGGUGCUAUGUUUCCUGUUCAAAAUGUUUCAAGAAACUCCAACGGUCUGUCUCAUCUCUCACGUGUCUGUCUUGCAACAACACCAGUGCAGUUGGUGUUCUUCGAUACCGUGUGGAGAUGUCAAUCGCAGACGAGACUGGUGAGGGUUUGUUUGUUGCGUUUGAUGGAGUUAUUGCGAAGCUCCAUAACAUGAGGGCCCAUGAAGCUGCCAACCUCUUGGCCGGUGAUGAUGUCAACCCCGAAAAAACUGAUGCUCCUCCGUUUGUUCGAGGCAUGGAGGGAAAGUCAUACACGUUCCAGGUGAAGGUGGGCCCAUACAAUUUCACAGCAAAUCAUCAAAGCUUCACCAUCUCACGUAUUCUCGGGGAGGGUGAACGUGCGCCACAGCCUGAGUUUGUUGAAGAUGGUGGUGACGAUGACAAUGGAGAUGACAAUGGAGAUGACAACGACGGUGCUGGCUUGGUGAGACGUAAGAUGAAGGAUGGUGGAUGUAGCAAGUCCGCAGGACCAUCUGCUAAGUCUAAGAAGGCACGGAAGGCAUAA